AUGAACCUGGAGAGCAUCAACUCCAACCUCGAGGACAUAAUAAACGAGGCCCAGACCAUGAAGUCCUACAGCCACCCCAACGUGCUGCCCCUGUUGGCCAGCUUUGUGUCGGGGCAGGACCUCUACAUGAUCACGCCCUUCUGCGCGGGCGGCAGCGUGCUACACAUAAUGAAGUAUGGCCACCCAGAGGGGCUGGGGGAGGUCGCGAUCGCCACCAUAGUGCGCGAGGUGCUCAAGGGGCUGGACUAUGUCCACAAGAACGGUGGCAUCCACCGCGAUGUCAAGGCAGGCAACAUUCUGAUCGACCGCGACGGCAGCAUCAAGAUCGGCGACUUUGGCGUGGCGGCGACCAUUGGCCGCGGCGGGUCCUGGGGCAACGACAAGGGCACGCGGACGACGUUUGUGGGGACCCCCUGCUGGAUGGCGCCGGAGGUCAUGGAGCAGGCGCAGGGGUGA